AUGUCUGUUGAUACCUCACAUUUAAUGGUACGUUCAAAAUUAGCGUAUCAAAAUCAAAUUUUGAACCUGAACCUCGAUCCACAAAUACGAAUGGAUGAACUAUGGGUGCAAAUCCGAGUUAAUUGUGGAUUCUCAGAUGCUCAACUUUUCACUUUGAAAUGGUUAGACGAGGAAGGUGAUCUGUGUACAGUAACAUCUCAACUGGAGUUGGAUGAGGCAUUAAGACUGUAUGAGCUGAAUGAGGAUGAUACUCUGUUUCUUCAUAUAUUUCAAGGAAUACCUCCUGAGCCCGGGGUUCAAUGUGUGGGUGAACAUAAAAUUUAUCGUCGUGGGGCAAGAAGAUGGUACAAACUAAAGCGUAGGUUGAAGAAAUUAAAAGGACGUCGUCCACGAAUUCCGAUUUCCAAUCCUACUGAUGAUCCUGGUUCUGUGCAUAUUCAAGAGGGGGAGGCUCAAAGGGUUCAUUACAAUCCUGCCACUGGUACAGGUGGUGAGGCAGUGCAUGCGACAUCGAGGACAACCUCUGGCUUUGGUUUGAGAGAUUUUGAUAUGUUGAGAGUUAUUGGUCGAGGAAGUUAUGCUAAAGUACUUCUUGUGAGUUUGAAGAAAAGUAAAAAACUUUAUGCGAUGAAAGUUAUAAAAAAGGAACUUGUCACUGAUGAAGAAGAUGUCGACUGGGUACAAACUGAAAAACAUGUUUUUGAAACUGCUUCAAACCACCCAUUUCUUGUUGGAUUACAUUCAUGUUUUCAAACAGCUGAUCGCCUAUUUUUUGUUAUUGAAUAUGUGAAUGGAGGAGACCUUAUGUUUCACAUGCAAAGACAGAGAAAACUUCCAGAAGAUCAUGCUCGUUUCUAUGCUGCAGAAAUAGUGCUUGCAUUACAUUUCUUGCACGAAAAAGGCAUUAUUUAUAGAGAUCUAAAACUUGAUAAUGUUCUUCUUGAUAGCGAAGGUCACAUAAAACUGACAGAUUAUGGCAUGUGUAAAGAAGGAAUUUUGAAAGGUGACAAGACGUCUACCUUUUGUGGUACUCCAAAUUACAUUGCUCCCGAGAUCCUUCGGGGAGAAGACUAUUCAUUCUCGGUUGAUUGGUGGGCACUUGGAGUACUCAUGUUUGAAAUGAUGGCAGGAAGAAGUCCAUUUGAUAUUGUUGGUAUGGCAGAUAACCCUGAUCAAAACACUGAAGAUUAUUUGUUCCAGGUAAUUCUUGAAAAAGUGAUUCGCAUUCCUCGUUCUCUGUCAGUGAAAGCUUCAUCAGUCUUGAAAGGAUUCUUGAAUAAAAUGCAGCAGGAACGUCUCGGUUGUCAUCCUGAAACUGGUUUCCAAGAUAUAAUUGAUCAUGCAUUUUUCAGGUCUAUUGAUUGGGAGAUACUGCAAGCAAGACAGGUUAUUCCGCCAUACAAACCUCUUAUUAGUGAUGAAUAUGGUCUUGAGAAUUUUGAUGCUCAAUUCACCGAAGAACCAGUAGCACUCACACCCACAAGUCCAAGAACUAUAGCCAAAAUUGACCAAGCUGAAUUCGAAGGAUUUGAGUACAUAAAUCCUUUACUAAUGACUAGUGAAGAUGUAGUGUAAUAGGUUCGCCAAUGUCCAAUUAUAUCAGGUGCUGAGAUUCCGUAAAGGAAAAUUAUGAACAAUAUUUUUUUGUGUAUUGGAGCAACAAUGACUUCGGCUUUUCGGGAAGGAAUUCUUCAUUGCUUCAUUCAGAUCUACUCAAAUCAUAUAUGUAAUCUUAUAUCAAUAAUCUUUAUUUUAUAUCGAGCAUUAUUAUCUUUUUCAAUUAAAUUUUUAUAUUCCACUGAUAAGGAUCUUAAAGGACUGCAAGUAUUGAUUCUGGCCAUCGAUACUGGCAGACACGUUAUUCCCAUUCAUAUGCAUCCACUGAAUUCAUGGUCUUCUCAUAGCUUUCCCCCUAUACACAUUUUGCUUCUCUGCUGUAACAUUUCCUACCAUGUGCAACAUUGAUAUACAAACAAAUAAAUAGAUAAAUUAUUAUUUUUAAUAAUUUGUUAAAUCAUUGCUUCCGUAAAUUCACUCCAGAAAAUAUAGAAAAGAACCAUAUGCAUGCACAAGGAAAAUAUGUUUGUAUUGUUGAUAAAUUUUUCGAAAAAUUGUAUUCUUACUACCGGUUAGUCAGUAUUCGAUGCAGUAUUUAGUACAAAUGUUAAAACGAAAAUUAUUUUCACUUCGCAUUGUUUUAUUUUCUGACUAUCCUAUUUGUUAUCGGGUGGAUGAUGAUCAUGGCUUUGGUUUCCUUUUUAUUGAAUCAAUUUAAUGUAUUGCUACAUAAUAAAAUACUAAUGAACCAAUCUC